AUGGUGGAGGAUGUUGUCGCGGCUGCGGCAGAUCAUCUCAGCGCGUCCAUGGGCGAGAAGAUCAAGGUCCUCGAGACCGACCAGCAGUGGGCUUGGGCGGAGUCUGAGUCCAAGAGCGGCUGGAUUUUGAAGGCCGCCCUGGUGAAGAAGCUGCCACCCUGGAAGCUGGACAAGGUGAAAGCCAGAGCGCCCGCACCCGUGAGCCAUGCCCGUGAGCAGAGCGGCGAGCGCAUGCCGGCCCUGGCUUGGCUUGCGGAGGCGGUGGAGCUUGAGCCGGAGCCGGCCGCGGCGCCGGCGCCGGCGCCGGCCGCGGCGCUGGCGCCGGCGCCGGCCGCGCAACUGCGUGGCGCCUUCCGUGAUCUGCGGGCACAGCUCUACGACGGCGCAGGAGGGAGAUGCCAAUUUGCUGGCAGAGCCAUGCUUGAAGGCUGA